GUGGGGCUCUCGCCCAGAGGCGCCGGCGCUUAUAGCGCGCCUCAGCGGGCAGCAGCUGUGGCUGAACGCGUGCGGGCAGGGAUGUCGGAGCAGUACAAUGGGAGCGAGCCCCAGCCCGCAGUCUUCGUGCUGGGCCUGGACGUGGGCAGCUCCGUGAUCCGCUGCCACGUCUACGACCGGGCGGCGCGGGUCCGUGGCUCCAGCGCGCAGAAGGUAACAAAUAUUUAUCCUCAACCUGGAUGGGUAGAAAUUGAUCCUGACAUUCUCUGGGCUCAGUUUGUGGCUGUCAUAAAAGAUGCUGUGAAAGCUGCAGGAAUACAGAUGAGCCAGGUUGUUGGUCUUGGCAUCUCAACACAGAGAGCAACUUUUAUCACGUGGAACAGGAAAACAGGAAAGCAUUUUCACAACUUCAUUAGUUGGCAAGACCUAAGAGCCACUGAACUUGUAAAAUCGUGCAAUAACUCUCUUUUAAUGAAGCUAUUUCACACUUACUGCCAAGUGGGUUACUUUUUCACUAGACGCAAGCGAUUUUUAUCAGCGAGCCAUUUUAAGUUCAGUACCCAGCAAGCUGCUGUGCGCUUGGCCUGGAUUAUACAGAACAUGCCUGAGGUUCAGGAGGCAGUUGAAGAAGAAAAUUGUUGCUUUGGGACUAUUGAUACCUGGUUGUUGCAUAAGCUCACAAAAGGUUCUGCGUAUGCUACGGAUUUUUCAAAUGCCAGCACAACUGGAUGUUUUGAUACGUACAAGAUGUGCUGGAGCGGUGUUCUUACCUUCCUGGCUUCUGUACCACUCUCUGUCCUGCCUCCUAUAAAGGACACAAGCCACAAUUUUGGAUCAGUGGAUGAGGAGAUAUUUGGUGUGCCUAUACCAGUUGUUGCCUUGGUCGGUGACCAGCAGUCGGCCAUGUUUGGAGAAUGCUGCUUCCAGACUGGAGACGUCAAGCUAACCAUGGGGACCGGCACUUUCUUGGAUAUAAACACUGGCAAGGACCCUCCUUUCACAGCUUCAGGCUUUUAUCCAUUAAUUGGGUGGAAGAUUGGGCAAGAAGUUGUAUGCUUAGCUGAAGUCAACGCAGGAGACACCGGGACGGCCAUCCAGUGGGCUCAACAAUUAGAUCUUUUCACAGAUGCUGCUGAGACUGAAAAAAUGGCCACAAGUCUGGAAGAUUCUGAAGGGGUUUAUUUUGUUCCAUCUUUUAGUGGAUUGCAGGCGCCAUUACAUGACCCCUGUGCGUGUGCCUCUUUUAUGGGUCUGAAGCCUUCCACUAGUAAAUACCAUCUCGUACGAGCAAUAUUGGAGUCAAUCGCUUUCAGGAAUAAACAAUUAUAUGAGAUCAUGCAGAAAGAGAUCCAUAUUCCUGUCACAAAAAUCCGGGCCGAUGGAGGAGUGUGUAGGAACGGCUUUAUCAUGCAGAUGACUUCCGAUUUGAUCAAUGAGACUAUAGACAGACCUGCCCACUUCGACAUGUCCUGCCUGGGUGCAGCUUCUCUGGCUGGCCUUGCCGUUGGGUUUUGGAAGGACAAGGAAGAGCUAAAGAAACUGAGGCGAAGUGAAGUGGUUUUCAAGCCACAGAAGAAAUGGGAAGACUAUGAAACGAACAUGGAGAACUGGGUGAAAGCGGUGAAACGCUCCAUGAACUGGUACAACAACGCGUGAUGCCAAGAGGACUGGUCCAGCCAAGCACAGUGGGGGGCGACACAGUGACAUGCUCAGGGAUCCCCACACCGAAGAGUCAGUGAGAAAAAGUGCUGCUCUUUCAAAAACAAAAAACCUCUCACUU